CGUCGCCGGCAAGCGAAACGUUGAGGGGUGCCAGAAGAGAGAUACAGAUACAAUCGGGCAGCGAGAGCGGUAGAGAUAGCGAUAGCUCCUGUUACCAGUUCGCAGUUCGCAGUAAGGCAGUUGUUCCACAGCUGCACGCUAUCCUUUUGUGGUGUGUUGUCGGCACACCGUAUCGAACUGAACCCCCUUUGUGUGUUCAGGCCUGGUUGGCAGCGACGCCCCUGAUCCACGGCACACAGGCAGAAAGCAAAAGAAGAAGCAGAGGCAAAAGCAAAAGCAGUGGCAGCAGCAGUAGAGAGAAGCGAAGCAGAGGCAACAGCAGAAACGAACGAAACAGCUCACAGCUCGGUAAAGGCAAAGGCAAAGCUGUGGAGUAGUUGUUUGGAUGUGGACGGAACGGAAGACUGGCGGCGACUAACAUAAAAUCAAAACCAAAUACAUGCUGGCUGGCUGGCGGUGGCAAUCGCAAGCUCAUCGCAUCAGGGCAUUAAGAAUCAAGCAUCAGGCAUCUUGCAACGGAUUGUAUCGCAUCAAAGCAGUACAUUGACAGGAGCAGCAACGGAAGGACACAAGCCAGGAGCCAGGUUGAUAUACAAUCCGAAUCCUGGGAAGCUGCACCACCAACACCAUAAUCAUCCGCAUCAUCAUCCCCUAAUCAUUCGUCAGGAUUGGCACGAAUUGGUAGGAUCAUAGCCCAACAAUGUCCAACGGCAAUGUGUCGGCCUCGUUCUUCGAGAACGGGACCACCACACAGUUCGAAUACUGCUACCAGAUGUACCCCGAGGUCCUCAAGCUCAAGGCCGAGAAGCGUUCCAAGAAACCCCAAGAGCUGAUCCGUUUGGAUCAGUGGUACCAGAACGAACUGCCCAAGCUGAUAAAGGCACGCGGCAAGGACGCGCACAUGGUAUACGAUGAGCUGGUUCAGACAAUGAAGUGGAAGCAGUCGCGUGGCAAGUUCUAUCCACAGCUGUCGUAUCUGGUGAAGGUGAACACACCGCGCGCCGUCGUUCAGGAGACAAAGAAGGCCUUCCGCAAGCUGCCCAACCUGGAGCAGGCGAUUACAGCUUUAUCGAACCUCAAGGGUGUCGGUACCACAAUGGCCUCCGCCCUCCUGGCCGCCGCCGCACCCGACUCUGCCCCCUUUAUGGCCGACGAAUGCCUGAUGGCCAUACCGGAGAUCGAGGGCAUCGAUUACACCACCAAGGAGUACCUCAACUUCGUCAACCACAUCCAGUCUACAGUGGAGCGCCUCAAUGCCGAGGUUGGCGGCGAGACGCCGCACUGGUCGCCGCAUCGCGUCGAACUGGCACUAUGGUCGCAUUACGUGGCCAAUGACCUCAGUCCAGAGAUGCUGGACGAUAUGCCGGCGCCGGGAGCAGCCGCUUCGGUCAAUGCUGUAGCCGGUACGGCUUCCCUCAGCACAAACGGCAGCCUGGGCAAGAGCAGCAAGGUGCUUGACGGCGAUGACACCAAUGACGGCGUGGCCGUUGAUCUGGACGACGAGAGCCUGGGCGCAGGUGGACGCAACACUGCUACAGAGUCGGAGACAGAGAACGAGAACACUAAUCCAGCAGCCCUGACUGGCGACGCCAAGAUCAACAGCAACAGCAACAGCAACAGCAAUGCAGGUGCCGUGGGCGCCCUGCAGGACGGCGACUCCAACUUUGUGUCUAACGAUUCCACCUCCCAGGAUCCGAUCAUCGACGACAACGACGGCACCACACAGACAACGGCCACCACAUCGACGGAGGAUGGCGAGCCCAUGUCCCUGGGCAUUGGUAUUGGAAUUGGUAUUGGUCUGGGCGGUGGCGGAACCCCGCUGGCCAGUGAUUCGGAGAGCAAUUUGGAGGCGCCGCCAAAAGCCAACAGUCUGAUCAGCCUCAACCAGCCAGCACAGCCCACGAGCCAGGCCCACAGCCAGCAGCCGCACAACAACAACAAGCAGAUCACCAACAACGGCCAGGCGGCCUCGCCGGCAUCAGAGGCAGCUGCAGCAGCAGCCGAAGCCGAAUCUGUAAAGCCUGCCGGCAAAACGGGAGCAGCUGCCGCCAAUGGGAAUGGCAACGGCAAUGGAGUGCUGGGCGACGGAGAGGAUGAGGACGAGGAGGAGGAUGAAUUGGAUGAGGAGGAUGAGAACGAGAACGAGGCAGAGCUAGAGGCUGAGGAGAGCAACAGCAGCAACGGCAUUGUGCGGGGCAGUAAGCUCCAGCAGCUGCAGGUGCAGGCGACGAACAAAGUGGUGGCGACGGAGCCAGCGGCAGUGGCGCCGGCGGGAGAUGAUGGCGUACCCGCCAUUGGCCAGAAGCGAUCGGCUCUGCAUUGCGAAUUGGAGUUGAAUAACGCCAGCGGAGUGGGGGAGAAGUCGCCGGAGCUGAAGAAACUGCGCAGCGAAUGAGGCGGGCGAGGAUGUGGAAAUGAAAAUGGAUACGGAUACGAUAACAAACGGCGGAUACGGAUACGAAUACGGAUACGGAUGCGGAUACGGAAGCGAAAAAGGGGGAGAACAUUUCGAUUCCAGAUACUAUUCGGUCUGCCGCGCGUAUCUGGUGGAAAGACAUAUGUAUGUAGUGCUGUUGAGUCGACAUAGAGACAUAGAGCAACAUUACCUACACUUUACCACAACAACAUUCAAGAAAUUCUACUAUUAAGCAACUAAUUAUACCUACAUAUAAUAUAUUAUAUAUAUAUAUAUACGACAUAUAACGAGAACACACCCACACACACCCGACAGCACUCGACACAACACAAGGCAACACACACAAGUCUCAUUAACGCAACAACACAACAAAAACUCACGCAACAUGAAACAUAAACAAAGCUCAGAUUAGGACAGACCAGAUCAUGUAGAAUGGGAAGGGGAGGGGGGGGAGCAGAACCACAAACAUUUCAAUAGGAAUAGGAGGAAGUGAGCCAAGGAGCGACCGCCGCUAGACAGCUUAGAUCAGCAGGCAGGGUAGACAGUAGACAAGCAGACCAGAAGACAGGCAUCCGAUAUCCGAUCACGAGCAGCAGAGCCGAGUCUCCAGAGAGUUCAGAUUGCAGCAACAGCAUGUUAACUUAAUAAUAAUAAUUGAAACGAAAAGCAAAUACAUAAAUGAAUAGAAAAGUAUAUAAAUCAGAUCAGAUGGAAUCGAUAUUUUUACACAAAAACGUCAAGAAGAUGGAACAUUUAAAUAUAACAUUUAAAAGAAAAUUUACAAAUGCCGCAGUUGCCCACUACAUACAAGAAAAAUAAGAUAAAAGAGUAAUAUAAAAGCAAAAACAAAAAAAAAAAACAAAAAAAAAACAAAAGAAACAGAAAAACAAUAAUUAUAAUAAAACAGAAAAGUAAUUUAUAUACAUAAGUAUUUAAAUUAAAACAAUAAAUCAAAACUUGUCGCAUAUAACACGCAUUCGUCGUGAUCCGAGUCCGAGACAACCCCUCUUUGGGGCGCCCUCUUGGAGCCCCCAGCCCCGCACAUUCUGCCACAGCUCUCUCUCUCUAAAUAACUCUCUCUCACACACAACAAAAACAACACAAUCGGAAAGUAAAACAAAAACAACCAGAAAACAAAACUCAUUUCAAAAGCUAAGAAAUUUUUGUGGUCGUAACUGUAAUAAUAUAAUUUAUAUUUUAUGUGUACAACUUUUUUUUUAAAACUAUACAUAUACUGAAUUUUUUAUAAUUUAUACGAUAAUCACCUUUUUUCAUUUGAUUUCCACAAAGAAACGGAAGCAAACGUUUAAGUUGCACCUGAAGGAGUCCAAACUGGCGUCCGAGUGGCAUGCUGGGGGAAAGCGGAGAGUGGAGAUGGCGGGCGGUGCCUGCCACACACCCUCCUUAUAUGACCUCCAGUGCCACCCGGCGAUCGGUUCGGACUUUACGAAAAAAAAAACAAAACAGAAAACAACUGAAAAACAUCUCAAAAUUAUAAUCAUUUUAUUAUUAGUAGCAUAAGUCCAAAUAAAAUGUGAAAUAUUAAGAGAACACGUCAUCAAACAAAAA